CAAGGGAGAGAAAAGGCCCCCCCCCUUCCCGGGUUACGUUAUCAAACUGCGCCGGAAGAAACGUGAGGAUGCCAAGUUGUUGGUGCGGUUGGAGAAUCCUUUGAAACAUCAUGGCAGUCAAGUGGACCGAUGGACAUUCCUCUUCUAUACUGUGCUUGAAUGUGAACAAAGAAGGGCUGAUAGCUUCAGGAGCAGAGGCAGGCGAGCUUGCUAUCUGGAAUGAGGAGGGGAUUCCAUUGGGACAGAUACAGCUUCAGAAAGCAGAUGAUGUCACCUGUGUAGCAUUCUCUCCCACCUGCCCAAGUAGGCUAUACACAUCUCAUGGGGAAACCAUUAGCUUGCUGGAUGUCAGAUGCCUUAAGGGGCCUAUUGAAUGCUUCCACGUAAAUGAGGAAGAGAUCAAUUGCCUUUCUGUGAACGACACAGACAGUGUCCUGGCUGCAGCUGAUGAUUCUGGGGCAAUCAAGGUUAUAGACUUGGAAAACAAGAAAGUCAGCCGGUCCCUCAGGAGACAUUCAAAUAUCUGCUCCUCUGUUGCAUUUCGACCUCAGAAGCCUCAAAGUCUUGUGUCAUGUGGACUAGACAUGAAGGUUAUGCUGUGGAACCUACAGAAAGCUCGCCCACUGUGGACCACAACCUUGCAGGAUUGUGAAGCAGAAGAGGUAGAGCAGCAAUCAGCUGGCCAGUUCUUUAACCCUCCACUAGCCCAUUCUCUGUCUGUGGCCGCAUGUGGCAAUAUCUUUGUUUGUGGCGCUGAAGAUGGUAAAAUAAGGAUCUUCAGGGUAACAGGUGUCAAAUGUGAACAGGAGCUGGCAUUUAAAGGUCACAGUUUGGGAGUAUCACAAGUUCUUUUCCUGCCAGAAGCCUAUUGGCUGCUGAGUGGUGGAAAUGAUGAGAAGGUGUUGCUGUGGGAUAUCAACAGUGAAGUUGGGAAGCAACAGAAGAGUCCUGUGAAAUCCAUCCACAGGAGGAAGACCAGGGGACCUGCUUCAACCAGAAAAGAUGGGAAGCCCAAUGCAGUGGUUACAAAUGAGCAUGCCAAAAUCUUACCAAAACUGAGCAUUGAACAUGGAGAGAAGGUGAACUGGAUUUCAUGUGCGGACUUCAAAGGCUCCAAGAGAGUACUAGUUGCUGAUCAGAGUAGUUCCAUAACAGUGUAUCCUCUCACUGAGCCAUAGACAUUAAAAGAUUUUAAGGAAUUUUUCACAAGCAGCUAAUUCCUUGGGGUGAUUUAAGUUGGUGUAGCUGAUUUUUCUUGACCACCUUCUCUUCUGUUUACCCUUUAGAGAGGUCCCCUUCUAUAGCUUAAACAACUAAAACUCCUGCAUAUUUAGAAAUGGCAGGGGGACUAGCUGUGGCAUCACUUGCCUGUACGCAUAACAUGUGUAUGGAUUCUUUUGCAGUUGUGGCCCAUCUUCAAUGUAAAUCUUAAAUAGAAGUGUGGCUGCUUAAAUGGUUUUUGGAAUUGCACCCUCAGAACAUGAAGGCGAUACACAGCAGGUUCAGUCAUGUUUCAGUCUGGAAAUGCUGAGAUAAUGGGAAAGAAAGUCUGCAGUCUGA